UCUGAAUAGUAAAGGAGAUGGAAAAAUGACGGGAAUUGGCUAUUCAUUGAUUGUGAGCAAAUAUCGAGGAAGCCUCAAGAAUUUGUGAAAAUCAGGCUGAAAUGUGCUUUUUUGAGUGCCCCAAAGAAAUGCCGCAGCAGGAAAGUAAAGCUGCAGAUUGCUGCUUUUAGCUUGGUUUGUAGUCAGUGAAGAAGAAGGGUGACAAAUUUUUCCCCUUGUCAUUUUUAGCAUUCUACUUCAUUUUUUUCUAUGCUUCUUUAAGCCCUCUUCCUAGCUUUUAUAGCUCUCAGCUUUCUGCCUUAUGGUACCAUAGACUUCAGAAAAAGAAAAAACAGACAGCCAAUGUAAAUGAAAAGAAUCUCUCUCUUUUUCUUUUUUGAUUUUCUGCAUGAAUUAUUACAAGCUUUGUGUGUAGGUAUGUUUGUCCCAAUACUUGUAAUAAACUGCCAUUUCAGCACCUCCCUUUGGUCACAUUUCUUCUUCAUCAUUUCUUGCUAUUGAUUUCUGUGAAGCAAUUAAAGAGAGAUUACUAUAUAAUACUAGUAUAUCUCUCCAUCAUUGUUCUUGUACUUGCAUUUAUAUCAGGAGGUUUUGUUUCUGCUUUUCUCAUCAAGUUGGAAUCUUUUCUUCAUCUUGAUACCAAAGAUUGAAUCUCUUUAGCACCAUGGUUUCAGAGGAUUCAUCAUCUCACCCUUUUCCACAUUUUGAUGCUUACUCAAGCUCAUUGCCUCAGAGCAUCCACUCUCUCUCGGAGAGAAUGUCCCGGUCCAUCGACAUCGGCCCGGAUCGCCAUCUGAUUGAUCUGCUUGGGAAGUCUAAUGAAGCAUCUCGGCUGUCUCUCUCAUUAGGCUCUGAGCCAUGUGGUGGAGAGAGAGCCUUGAACCCAACUGUCAUGAAUCCUGCAGCUUAUCUCAUUGCUAUGAAGGAAGGAUGUGAGAUGGGAUUUGAUGACUAUGGUUGUGAUGGUACUGGCGGCUAUGCUGCUCCAUCUGUGAACCAGUCAUGGUGUGGGAAUGGGAAUCAGAAUCAUAAUCAGAAUCAGAAUCAUUCGUUUGUUGCUUCGAUUGGGAGCUCGAAAUACCUGCAGCCGGCUCAGUCCCUUCUUCAAGAAAUGAUCAGUGUUGGUGGUGAGGGCGUUGAUACGAGUAAUCGGAGAUAUAUGGAUAGGCUGAGCAGGCGAGGCGCCUUUCGCCUCUCCUCGAAGCUCAAGGCAGAGCUCUCUAGCUGUGAGUUGGUGUGUGAGAAGCAUGAUGACUAUGUUAACCUGCUUAAGCUCAUUGCCUUGCUAGAGGAGGUUGAGAGGAGAUAUGAUGAGUAUUCUCAUCACAUGGAUGAUCUGAUCCAUUCGUUUGAGGCCAUCGCUGGCAUGGGAUCAGGGAAGUCUUACACGGCCCUCGCCCUCUUAGCCAUGUCCAAGCAUUUCUGUCGUCUGAGGAACGCGAUUCUCGCUCAAAUUCACGUCACCAAGCACAAACUUGUCAAGGACAUGCCUAAGAUAAGCUCCAGGUUGUCUCAGCUAAGCCUAUUCGAUCAAGAGUCGAGACACAACCGCGCAGCCUCUGUUCAUGCUUGGAGGCCGCUCAGAGGGCUGCCCGAGACUUCUGUCACUAUCCUUCGUGCUUGGCUCUUCGAACACUUCCUGCAUCCGUAUCCUAGUGACUCAGAGAAGCUGAUGUUAGCAUCACAGACAGGCUUGUCCAAGAAUCAGGUUUCGAAUUGGUUCAUCAAUGCUCGAGUCCGGCUGUGGAAGCCGAUGAUUGAAGAAAUGUACAAAGAGGAGUUUGAAGAUUCCUCCACAGAAUCUGAUCAAUUGUUGACAAAUGACUUGGGUGAUUAGCCAUUUUUAUCUUGCAUCAAAUACGAGGAGGAUUUGUCGUCCUCCUCGUACCUGUAGCUGUUGUAGGAUCACCAAAUUUCAUCUUAUCUUUUUUCCAACUUCACUAGAUCAAUAUGGUACUCCAUCUUGUAGUGAAGGAAUGAUUUCUGUACCUUUUUCUAAUAUAUAUAUAUAUAUAUAUUCAA